AUGUUAGCACAUGACUUUUUAAAGAAAGAUGACCGUGGAUUUCGACCUACUUCAUCUUCGAGAUCAGCAUGGUACUUCACUUUAUUAAUUGCUGUGAAAUUAUUGCGUUGUUUUGGCAUAUUUAUUGUUGAUGUGCUUGCCAAGCAAAUUCAUAUUGUUACUUUACUGUGGUUAUUAAAAAUCGUAGCAUCAGCUAUACUUAUUCCAGUUCAAAAACCUUUAUCGCAUGGGAAAUCAUUAAAAAGGACACUGCUAAUGCGAAUCAUCCAGCUAACUUUUUUCAAUUGUUUCAUUGAAAUUCUUUGGUUUUAUGGUAUCACCUUUUGUGGUCCUUUCAGGUCUAUAUUAGUAUUUGAACAAAGUCCAGCUGUUAUACUUGUUGCUAUUAUGACUGUUCUAAAAGGUAGUAGUACUCCAUCGAAAACUCGUGGUCUUAUUGCUCUCUCCAUUGGUUAUGUGGCACUUAUAGUUAUGGAUAGGGAUACAACUGUUGAAAGCGAUCAUUUGAAAUCUCAUAGUCACCAAAGUGUACUGAAUCAUUUAUUUUAUCAUGCAAUUCACUGGUCUGGUGUUUCUGAUCACAAGAGUGGUGUUCUAUUGCUAAUAUUUGCUUUAUUUAUGAAAAUGGCUUAUGACUCUUGUUUUCGUCGAUUAGCAGUUGAAAUUGGUGGACCAAAACGAUUGUAUUCGAUUAUUUUAUUUUUUUCAGCCAUAGUUCUUACGCCUUUGGCCGUUUUAGCUAUUACUAAUGGCUCUCAUAUUGAAUCAUAUACACAGUUCUGUUUAUUAUUAUUGGCUUCGGGUAUUAUUAUAAUGGUUUUUGACUUCUACGCGGAAUCGAUUUGUUUCCAGCAUGUCGCUGAUCCAGUUAUGGCUGCAGCACGUUGGAGUCCAAUGAUUAUGUUUGCGUGCGCAUUUGGUUUGGCUUGGAUGUGGUAUACUCCAAGUCUUCAUCAAAGUGGUAAUCAUGCCUUAUCGGGAGGAGUUUUUCUGACGCUUAUUUGCUUCACUAUAGCGUCUUAUGCAUUGACUUCAUCAAAUACUCCUCGAAUACGAGCUGGACACUAUGUGGGUUUGUCAGAAACUGGAUUACCUCUUUACACAUAUGGUGAAGCAUUCCUUCAAAAGACUUCAAGAUCUAUAAUGCUUUUUGUGAAAGAGACGCUUGCUGAAGUACUAUGCAAUUCAGAUUCGCGCAGAAUCUUCUGGUUUCUAUGUGCAAAUUUGAUGUUUUGUGGUGUUGAAUUUCUCUAUGGUUUUUGGACGAAUAGUCUUGGGCUUAUAUCAGAUGGUUUUCAUAUGUUGUUUGAUUGUUCUGCUUUGGUCAUGGGUCUUAUUGCAUCGGUUAUGUCGCGAUGGCCUGCUUCAAAAUAUUACUCCUAUGGAUAUGGAAGGGUUGAAGUAUUAAGUGGAUUCAUUAAUGCAUUAUUUUUGGUAGUAAUUGCAUUCUUCAUUUUCCUGGAAGCAUUGGAAAGAUUAUAUGAUCCACCCGAUAUUCAUACUGAAAAACUCAUGUUUGUGGCUGUUUGUGGCUUAAUAAUCAAUAUAUUUGGUAUGUUUGCAUUUCAUGGAGGACAUGCACAUACUCACGCUGGUGGAAAUAGUCAUUCUCACAUAAGUGGAUAUGAAAGUUGUCAUGGUCAUUCUCAUAACAGCAAUUCUCAUGGUCACAAUCGUCACCAUUCUCACAGUGGCCAUCAUGGACAUUCUGAUUCAGGACAUAGCCAUUUGCAUAAUAGUGGACCCUAUGAACAUCGAGGAGAAAAUGCAAAUAUGCGAGGCGUAUUUUUGCAUGUAUUGGCUGAUACAUUGGGAUCAGUGUUCGUUAUUAUUAGUACAAUUUUAAUGCAAUCAUUUGGCUGGAAAUGGGUUGAUCCAUUUUGUUCACUUAUAUUAUCAAUGCUUAUUUUAACUUCUGUAAUUCCUCUUCUCAAAGCUUCGAUGGCAACUUUAAUGCAGAAUAUACCUCCAGAACUGGAAGAAGAUUUUGAUCAUACAUUAAAUAAUAUUCUUCAUAUUGAUGGUGUCAUAUCAUUUUCUCGAUCUCAUCUUUGGCAACUAAAAUCUGAUGUAAAUAUUGUAUCAAUACAUCUACAAACAACCAGUGAUACAAAUGAUCAAAUAAUUAGACAUAAGGUUCAGAAAUUGCUGAAAGCUAUUGGUAUAACGCAAAUCUGCAUUCAGAUUGAAAAAGAUUAUUUCUUGCAACAAAUUCAAUUGAUUUGCCCAUUAUAUCAUCUUCCACAUCGGGUAAACAAAGGUGUUUCAUUGGAGCAUAUGGAAUUAAAUCAGUGCUGUGAUAAUCAUAAUCACAGCUGUAAUCACCAUGAGCAAGUAAAUAGCAGUUGCGAUAAGUAUGUUCGUGGGUCUUCUAAUCAUGAGCAGAGCAGAGAUAAUAUUUUUGAUAAUUCAUUCAGCAAGCCAAUAACUGGACCAAUCAUUUACAGUCAUUUGCACGAUUAUCAUUAG